UGUAAUGCACCUUAUUGGUAGUGACCAAACUAAAAAUGGUAUCUCAAAGUUCAUCUUCCGACCCCAACUCAAGUAAUUUCCAUCAAUUCAUAAUCUCCGAUACGAUUCCGAACCGAGCCCAUUUCGAAGAUCAUGAAAUCAAUGGUCAUCAUUCAAGAAAUAGAAACAUGUUCUCUCAAUCUCUUGGUGUACUUCCUAGCAUUGAAUCACUGCGGCAACAAAUGUCUAGAUCAGUAGAACUAGUUCAUCAGCAAGUUCCAACUCAUCAUAACUUCAGUAGGUUACAUUUAACAAAUCAGUUUGAAACAUCAAAAGAGUUAGACCAUCAUGGGCAAAGGUUAUCUUUAAGUCUAGGUUCUCAUAUUCCUUCUAAUGGUCUAAUGAGCACUUCUGAUCAAUACACUCAGAGAUACUUACAACAACAAGAUUUCAUGAACUCUCACUAUGUAAUGUCUGAUCAAGUAGAUCACAUUAGGACACUAGAAAAUCAGUCUAAUUAUUCAACUUCUUUUGAAAGAGAAUCCUUGGCUGCUUUAAUUGGGAGCUCUAGAUAUCUAAAGCCGGCUCAAUCCUUACUCGAAGAGUUCGUUACUGUUGGUGGCAAAGAGAUUGAUUUGAGUUCAGAUAAAUCUAUUCGACGGUUAACACGUAACCGUAGACAAGGAGUAGGAAGUUUUCUCGAGCUAAGGUCGAGUUUGUGCAAUAGCACUUUCUCAUCUUCCAUGGAACAAGAACUGCAGAUUAAAAUCACAAAACUGAUUGCUUUACUAGACGAGGUUGAGAGUAGAUAUGAGCAGUACUAUAAUCAAAUGGAAGAAGUGGCUUCAUCAUUUGAGGUGAUAGCAGGAUUAGGAUCAGCUAAGUCUUACACUGCCAUGGCACUUCAAGCCAUGUCAAGACAUUUUUGCAGUGUUAGGGACUCAAUAGUUACUCAAAUUCGUGUAGCAAAGAGAGACCUUUUCCAAGGAUCAUCACCAAGAACUAGAACCGGUCUAUCUCAGCUUAGUCUAUUUGAUCAGGAGCCGAGACAAAAUCGUCUUCAACAGCUUGGAUUGAUCCAAAACCAGCGUCAACCAUGGAGGCCGAUAAGAGGGUUGCCAGAGAAUUCAGUUACUAUUCUUCGCUCCUGGCUCUUCGAACACUUCCUUCAUCCGUACCCGACUGACCCCGAGAAGUUAAUGUUGGCAUCACAAACAGGCCUGAGCAAGAACCAGGUGUCAAAUUGGUUCAUAAAUGCCCGAGUUCGUCUUUGGAAGCCAAUGAUAGAAGAGAUCUACAAAGAAGAGUUUGGGGAGUCGUCUUUGGAUUUGGAUUCAUCGUCGGAAGCAGUGUUGACAACAAGGAAAGGUGAUAUCUCAGAUUACGCAGGAAAAGAAAGAGAGAUGGGAGAUUGAUUAGACAAAAAUUCUAAAAUAUAAAGUUUUGGCAAAAAUAAAUUAGGUGGAUCUCACCCCUAUUAGUCAAUGACAUUCGGCCGUUUUCUUGCUAUUUUAAGGCUAUGUGUUUUUGAGAUGUUUAUACCUUGGAUCGUCCAGAACUGCUCUUGGAAAUUAUGUUUGCUUAAAAAAGUAGAGAGAUUGGAAAGGAAAUGUUUUGGUUAAGCUUAGAAGUGUGCCUUUGUGAGUCGGGGGUUUACAGGGAAGAGAAAAAUAGUCUACUAAGUAUACAAGUUAUUUGCUUUACACA